AUGAGUGAACGCGUUGUCGAGACACUGGUAAUCCGCGAUGGUAACAACUCGGAGUUUGAUGACGGAAUGCGUACUCGUCAUGAUGGAGCUUGGGAGACUACAGAUACCUUUAGCACGUUGUUUAACUCCGUUUCAAAUUCAGUAAUUAAUUGUAGAAAGUGGACACGACGCUGGCUCAUCGACUUCCUCAUUUUGUCAGCUAUUGUUGCUUACGUUGUAUUUAUCAUCUACACUAUCCUCUACGACAAAUCGGUGGCGUACUGGACCGUCAUUGACGCCGCUAUUAUUCUACUGUUUAGCUUCCGUCGCUUCACAGGUCUACAGGACUUCGUCAAAUCUAUCAUCGCUCCCACAAGAUUCCGAAUAUUUCUCAGGAGAAGCUUUAGAACAAAAGCAAAGACGCGGAGGAUUUUAAGACGGUGUUUGACUAUUGUGGUUUUCCUAUUAAUACUAAUAUUCCUUGCUGUCGAUCUCCGAGCAGAUACAGAGAGACUGGUAUCUCUGGGCGGCCUGUGUCUCUUGAUAUUCCUUGUCUUUAUUACAUCCAAGUCUCCCACUAAGGUUUGCUGGACCCCUGUGUUAUGGGGACUAAUACUACAGUUCACUUGGGGUGUCUUGAUACUCAGGUGGCAACCAGGGUUUGAGAUAUGUAAAUUUAUUGGUGAUGGUGUAAGUGGCUUUCUCGGAUUCGCAGACGAAGGAUCCAAGUUUGUAUUCGACGAAAAGAACUAUACGAUGCACGUCGUUGCAUUUAAGAUUCUACCUGUAGUGGUGUACUUCAGCGCCGUGGUGUCUAUCCUGUAUUACUUGGGAGUGAUGCAGUUCAUCAUUAAUGGACUAGCCAAGUUGUUCCAGUAUACUAUGAAGACCACAGCCAUCGAGUCCUUUGCUACUGCGGCUCAUAUCUUCAUUGGACAGGUGGAGUCUUCGAUAGCCUUAAAGCCAUUCUUUAGUGAUCUUACAUUAUCCGAACUGAAUGCCGUGAUGACGUCAGGAUUUGCUACAGUGGCUGGAACAGUCAUCGCUGCCUACAUCGAGUUUGGGGUUCCCCCUGAACACGUCAUCUCAGCUUCGUUUAUGUCCGCUCCUGCCGCUCUCGCCGUAGCUAAGCUAGGAUGGCCCGAGACCAAACUGACUACUGACAAGGAGAGAGAGGUUGUUCUCACAGAAGUUGGACAGGAGUUGAAUAUUAUGGAAGCAGCUUCGGCAGGAGCAGUUGGAUCUAUUAAACUAAUCUCGUAUGUCAUCGUAAAUCUCAUCGCCUUCAUUGCCCUCCUGGCCUUCGUCAAUUACUUCUUCUCUUUCAUGGGAGCACGUGUCGGUCAUCCCGAGUUUACAUUCGAGUAUCUGUGUUCGUACGUGUUCAUGCCACUGGCCUUGGUGAUGGGAGUUCGAUGGCAGGACUGUGACAAGGUAGCGAGGCUUAUCGGCAAGAAAAUAUUCAUCAACGAGUUUCUGUCCUAUGCUGACCUCGGACACAUGAUUGAGAACAAUGAGUUGGAUAACCGUUCUGCAGUGAUAACUACCUACAUCCUGUGUGGGUUUGGAAGUAUUGCUGCCAUGGGAAUCAACCUUGGAGCCUUAACAGCAGCCGCUCCCAGCAGACGAAAAGACUAUGCUAACGGUAUGCUCAGAGCCAUGAUUGGCGGAAAUGUCGCUAGCUUCAUGACCGCGUGCGUUGCAGGGAUGCUGUACCGCGAGUCCAGUUUUCUGACCAACACCACUGCUGUCAAUGCAACUGCUGUCAAUGCAACGUUAUAUGACGUAGUGAUUAAGAGAGAGUGUGAGGGAGGACAGAAAAGGUCAGAGUCUAGUCAGGGGAUAGAGAUUGGGAGAGAGUGUGAGGGAGGACAAAAAAAGUCAAAGUCGAGUCAAGGAUUAGAGAUUGAGAGAGAGUGUGAGGGAGGACAGAAAAGAUCAGAGUCGAGUCAGGGGUUAGAGAUUAAGAGAGAUUCUGCGGGAGGACAGAAAAGAUCAGAGUCGAGUCAGGGGUUAGAGAUUAAGAGAGAGUCAGAGGGAGGACAGAAAAGAUCAGAGUCGAGUCAGGAAUUAGAGAUUAAGAGUGAGUGUGAGGGAGGACAGAAAAGGUCAGAGUCGGGUCAGGAAUUAGAGAUUAAGAGAGAAUGUGAGGGAGGACAGAAAAGGUCAGAGUCGAGUCAGGAAUUAGAGAUUAAGAGUGAGUGUGAGGGAGGACAGAAAAGGUCAGAGUCGAGUCAGGAAUUAGAGAUUAAGAGAGAGUGUGAGGGAGGACAGAAAAGAUCAGAGUCGAGUCAGAGAUUAGAGGUUUAG